GAGAUAGAGACUUUUCUCUUUCAUAUAAAAAAGCGCGUAUUGAAAUAUAAUAAAUUUUUACGUUUCAGGCUUUCGGUCUUUAAAGUAAUCAUGAAAUUGUUUCUGUUUGCAAUCCUAGCAAUAACUCUGCACCAGGGUUUUGCAGGAACGAUUAAGGAUUCUGCAGAAGCAAUAGACCUGAAAGAAAUUGAUUCAGUUUUGGAUCUGUCACAGGAUCCUCAAUAUGAUUCAAGGCUCCCUUUCAGUUGCGAAUGCGAUAACAUUUCCAGAUGUAUGUGCUGCGGUCACUUGGAUAUACCUAGACUGAACCUGGAUAGAGAAGCUUGUGUCCGACUCUCUUACAAUGGAGACAAAACAGCUUUAACAGUCACAUUCAUCAUCAACGACAAAGUUAUUUUCAGCAGAACAGUUUCAGCCCACAACCCUCCACGAAUGUGCUUUUCCUAUCCUCCUGGUAACAUCAUUGCCGAUCUCUGCUUCAAAUUUCAUAAGGUCCAAGUUAAGCUGAACAAAUUACAUUCUUGUUUGGAUCUUAGCCCGAGGAUUAUGAUGAAAGAUUUGAUGACCUUCAAGAUCGGAUGUUUCCAAUUUGGAGGAAAUGAUGAAAAGAAGGAGCAAUUCCUCGUUGAGAAGGUGUGAAAUGAUAAAAAAGAAUCUAAAAGCAACAAUUAACUCUGUUGGGAAAAUCGUAGAACUAAAACUGUAUAUUUGUAGGAAUAAAAGUACGAAAAUAUAUAAAAAUCUCAUGACUUUUA